UUAUAGUUACUAGAAACACUCUGUGAUGGACAUUGAAACCAACAACGUGUUAGCACAUUAUGAUCACUGGAGAACAUCAGGACAACCAGGAUUUCGGGGGAUCAAACAGAAAAAUCCAUCCCAAUAAUUUCGACCCUGACAAAACAAGAAGCAUCGAAGUUAGCAGGACCACUCAGUGGACAACAGGACUUCAGGGCCACCAAAAGACCAGACCAGCAAAUUCCAUUCCAAUAAUUUCGACCCAGUCGAGGCAAAAAGCACAUCAGGGAAAUUUAGCAGAACCAGUGGUGGACAUCGAAGCCAACAACAGGUGGAAUCAACUGGGACAUCAUAGUAAGCGGAGAACAUCAGGACCACCAGGACAUCAAGGAAUCACACCAGCGGACCCAAGGAUCCGAAGACAUCGGGACCUCAAACCUCCGGGGUUGGAAGGCAACGGAUUCCAGGAUCUCCAGGUACGAGGACUUCGAAGUUCGAAUAUCGCGAGGUGCGAUGACCUCGGAAUUGGUAAGUCUGCGGGGUUCAAAAAACUUCGAGAUAGAAGUCGGGGUCCCAUGGGUUCGAAACUCUUUGGCGUUUUCUCACCUCAAGAUUUUCGAAUUCUGGGAACUCGACACUUCUAUCUCGAAUCUUUGAACUUCACAGUCUUUCCAAUUCCGAAAUCAUUGUUCCUCGGGAUCUUUAAACUUCUAAAUCUUUGAAAUUCGACGUUUUCGCACCAGGAAUCCUGAAAUUCGAAAACUUCCAAACCCGAAGCGUUGGGCCUGUAUGGCAGGCCGGUCACAGGGGAGGGCACCCGGGGAUCGCCCCGGGUGCAGGACGCGGGGAGGGGCGGUACGGGCCCUAAAGGGGUCUGGGGACGGGAGAUGGCACCCGGUGAUCACCCCGGGUGCAGGACGUGGGUUGGCACCCGGGGAUCGCCCCGGGUGCAGGACGUGGGUUGGCACCCGGGGAUCGCCCCGGGUGCAGGUGGGUUGGCACCCGGGGAUCGCCCCGGGUGCAGGACGCG